UUGCUACAGAAAUAAACCUCCUUGACAGCCAGCAGAGAGGGUGUCCGCAUUGACUGUAAACGCCACAUCAGUUCAUUGAGUUUCUGUAGGUCAACCGGUGGCUGUUUUUAGAAUAAAUAUAAGAAAAGCUUAACACCAAGUAAGAGAAGGCGGAAGCGUCAGUAAUUCUUAUAGCACACAGAGGAACUAUUAUAUAGCUAACCCCUGCUAGCUUAAAAAGACGCUCACUGAGGUGAAAUUGGCAAUUUAGCUAGUAUUUAACAGGUGGGAGUGAGACUCCGUUAAACGAGGAAGUUAGCGAUUUUGUGAAGCUAUUGCUUUAAUAAAACUAGUUUGAAGUCGUUUUUAUUAAGCUUAGGCGAUUCAAAGUGAUCGUGCGACAAGGUGACGGCAAAGAGGGGCGAUGGACUUCGUUGCAGGAUGCAUCGGAGGUGCUGCUGGAGUCUUGGUUGGACACCCUUUCGACACAGUCAAGGUGCGGCUGCAGGUCCAGAAUAUUGAUAAGCCUCUGUACAGAGGGACCUUUCACUGUUUCCAGUCUAUUAUACGGCAGGAGUCGGUAUUUGGUUUGUACAAAGGCAUUGGAUCCCCCAUGAUGGGCCUGACAUUCAUCAACGCUAUAGUGUUUGGUGUUCAGGGAAACACCAUGCGGCUAUUGGGACAGGACACUCCCAUGAAUCAGUUCCUCGCUGGAGCAGCAGCAGGUGCCAUCCAGUGCGUCAUCUGCUGCCCCAUGGAGCUGGCUAAAACACGCAUGCAAAUGCAGGGAACUGGAGAGAAAAAGUCAUCUAGGAAGCUGUACAAGAACUCCCUCGACUGCUUGGCUCGCAUCUACAACCGGGAGGGUCUGUGGGGCGUAAACAGAGGCAUGUUGACCACGCUCAUCCGAGAGACACCCGGCUUCGGUGUGUAUUUCCUGGCCUAUGAUGUGCUGACGCGCAGCCUCGGCUGUGAGCCAGACGACCGCUACAUGAUCCCAAAACUGCUGUUUGCUGGGGGCAUGGCUGGCAUCGCCUCCUGGCUCUCCACCUACCCAGUGGAUGUGAUCAAAUCUCGCCUGCAGGCCGAUGGGGUGGGCGGCGUUAACCAGUACAGUAGCAUCGCUGACUGCGUGCGACAGAGCGUCAGGAAAGAGGGCUACAUGGUGUUCACACGAGGCCUCACCUCCACACUGUUACGAGCCUUCCCUGUGAACGCAGCCACCUUCGCCACGGUCACCCUAGUCCUCAUGUAUGCUCGGGGGGUGGAGGAGGGACCUAAAGACUGUGAGGCAGCUCAGCCGAGCCACCACACGCAGAUCCAGCAGCAGGCCCAACCCUCAAGCCUGUGACAGCACUUAGGUCAUCCCUGCAACAUGGGAACUUAAAAGAGCAACUCAUUCGUGCAAACCAUGCUGUACCAUCUGACUCUGUUCCUCAUUUCACCAGUCAUUCCCAUUUCAGAGUCAGAAAACAUCCGGUUUGUUUAUACAAACUCCUGUUUUUACAUUAAUUUAAAAAAGGAAACAAAGUGAAAUUUUUUUUUUAGUAAGAAUUUUAUGAAGUGUUUGCCUCUGAUGAAGCAGACUUUUGAAAAGGAUGGUGUUACCUCUUAUAAGAGGGUGAAAUUGAAGCUAUGAGAUUCAUAACAGUUCUAACAGCAGCUUUUAUCUUUGAUAAAUCUAUUUUAUGAAACAGAUCCAGACCUGUUACUGAGCCACUAAACUGAUGGUGUGGCUAGGUUUGAAGAUGAUAUUGCGUACAUUUUUCUUGAAAGUGCAGAUUGAACUGCACCUGUAUAUUUGACUGAUUUUAUGAUAUUUUUUUGUAUGUUGGAACCAUUACUCCUGCCUUAUGAAUGAAAACUUUUGUGAUAGAAAGCUGAAGCACCUAACUUCAUGUGAUCUGUUUCCUCUGAAGAGCCAAGCAAGUGAGAGGGAAUGUAGCAUCUGAUAAGUUUGAACUACUUAUCACGCAUGUAUUUCAAACCAAAAAUCAUACUGCAGCUGUAAUCUAAUAAUCACUGAAGAACUGAUGGUCCAUACUGCUCAUUUCAUUAUUAUUUACAGAAAACCACUGGUUUGAAGGUAAACCCUCUGUGUUUGAAUGAGGACUGUUGUUGGCUUUUAAGUUCAAGUUUUGUUCAGCCAUCUGUCUUGGAAGCACAUCAGUUAAUGUGAAGAUUUGUCAUUCUUGCCUGCAUAGAUGGCAUGGUCCUGAAGACAGACAAAACCCUACAUCUGGUACUGUACUUGUACUACUCUUCUUUUUGUAAAUGUCUCUUUUUUUAAACAUAAAAAAUGAUAUGGUUAUUUCAGGCUAUUUAUUGCUAUGUGGGGCAAACAAAUGCCUCAAACGUUAAAAUAAGUUUUUCACAGUACGUUUAAGUGCAUUCUGGUUGGAAAAAAAGUUCCAACAACCCCCGCAUUUGUACCCAUAAAAAGCCCCAGGACUUUUUUGGCACCAUGUGAUUUAUAAGAGUACUGAAGGAUGGAGUGGCUGAGGCCCUGUCUGCUAGAAAAGCUCCUUCAAGGCUUUCAGAAAGGGUUCUUUUUUUCUGAAGCUUUCCUUUUCAUCUUUAAAGUCAUGCAUGGAGUGUACCUGUGGAGAAUUUUAAAAUUGUUGUCUCCCUAAACUUGACUAAAUAUGUAUUUUUGUGCAUCAAUACUUAGUACUGUACCUAAACAAGCCUUUGGCUUUAAUCUGAAUUAUUUAUUUGACUGAAGUAUCUUUGUUUGCUUUUUAAAAUGCAGGUGUUGAGUGGGAAAUGUCUGCUUUUUGCAUUUGCAUGAUUAGUUUCCUGUUGUUUUUUUUGUGUUUUUGUCAGAUUUUUUUUUUUUUUUUGCUGUAAAGUCUAUGUAUUGUCUAUAUUUGUGACAGCUUUUCCCAGGUCUAAAACCAGCAGCAGUUUCAAACUGCUGUCAUUUAUGUCCAAAUUUUGUCUACACCAGAGGUGUCCAAACUAUGGCAUGGGGGCCAAAUGCAGCCCACAGUCCAUUUUUGAUUGGCUGCAGCAAAUUCUAGAAAUAAAAUGAAAUAAGAAAAUUUAGCUUGUGCUCAACUGUUUUGUACUUUUAAGUUUCAGUACUCGGCGGUACUACCAUGUUGAUUUUGUAAACAAACAUUUUGACAAGAAGAUAUCUUGAUUAAUAAUGUCCUGGUGGAUUAUUGCAGCAAAUAGCAACACCAGCAGCACUUCAGGGGUGGAGCCAGUAGUAGCCAGAGCCAAACAGGACCCCCCAGGCUCUCCCAAAUCCUGAAAAUGACUGUCUAUUUGCCUUGUCAGCCAUAAACAAGCCAUUUAGGUGUAUAAAAUCGAUCGCUAAGCAUGUAUGAACUUACAGUGGAUUGGUCCUACUAAAAUACGCUCAAGGCGAGGAAUGUGAAAAUGGCCCCACCAUUCUUAUAUAUUUCUGUAUGUGGCCCUCUUUCGAAAAAGUUUGGACACCCCUGGUCUACACUUUAUGACCAAAGUCAGUGGACAACUGAUAUAAAGUUAAAUGUCAAAUUUCAACUGUAAAAGCUGAAAUACUGUUCAAUCCGGUUGCAUUAAGGAGACCAAGACCACAAUCUCUCCUCUGACUUUAGGCGAUUUAGUGUCCGAAAGGGUGUUUGAGGGCAUGAAGUCAAAGAUGCACUGAAACUUUUGGGGUAUCAUGAAUGUAUGCACUCACUAUCAGUUCUGAAGCCCUGCUGUUUAAAUGUUGGAGUCCUUUUUGAAAUGCUGCUGAGAAACUUGAAAACCUGCAUUCUGGUUUGAUGCUGUGUGAUGAUUAAUCAAAGUUGGAAAUAUAAAAGGGAUAUUUGUUUUAUCUGUUACUUAAACUUAAUAACUCCACCUUCAAACAGCGACUGUUAUCUAUGUUACAAUGAUGUAGAUUAUGUCUCAGACUUGGUGGUUUUAUAACAAAUAUUCAGUCCAGCUGUUGUGAAAGAUGCAAUAUGUACAGGAUGUAAAUAUUAAUACAAUAGAGCAUUGAAAUGGUUAUGUAAAUAUAUUUACAUAUAUAACAUAUAUUUUCAGUCCAAAGUAGUCGUGUGGUGCCCCGAAUGUUUUUGAAGACUUGGUGUGAGCAGUUUGCAUUAGCUCUUUAACUGCAGAGAUUAUAUAUGAUAAACUCAGACUUGAUAUUUUUGUUACAUAGUCAAACAUAACCUAUUUGUCUACAUUUGUCACUAAGGAUCUGUACAAAUGGAUCAAUAAAACUCAUU